GGUAUAAUCUAUAAAUUUAUUUCAAAUUACGAAUUUAAAAAUUGAGUGUAUAUUUCUGAAUUAUAUAGUAUGAGAAUAGAAUCUAAUAAGUAGAAUGCAGAAAGAAAGUAUGUGUAAAAAAGAAAGCAAUUUGUAGAUUGGGCCGACCCAUUUAAACAACAGGUUAAUAGGUUGUUAUUAUUAUUACCCGAAAAGAAAAGCAAACGCAGAAGCCAUCGUUGCAAAGGAGUGACCAAAACCAAACAUGUCCUCCCUUCGAAACGCCAUUCCCAGUCGUGCUCACAAAGAGCGUUCUCAACCGUCAGCGAGGAAAAAAUUCGGCUUGCUCGAAAAGCAUAAGGAUUAUGUCCAACGUGCUAAAGCAUUCCACAAGAAAGAGGAUACUUUACGGAAACUUAGGGAAAAAGCAGCUAAUAGGAAUGAAGAUGAGUUUUACUUCAAGAUGGUUAGAACAAAAACAGUUGAUGGAGUUCACAGACCAGAGAGUGAAGCAAAUAAGUACACUCAGGAAGAGCUUAUGCUUAUGAAGACGCAGGACAUGGGUUACAUUCUUCAGAAGGUUCAGAGUGAGAGAAAGAAAAUUGAAAGGCUAACUGCCUCGCUACACUCUAUUGAUAAUCAACCUGCAAACAAACAUGUUUUCUUUGCUGAGGACAGGGAAGAGGCUAAAGAGUUACAAUCAAGAUAUUCAAAAAGUGAAAUUCCUCUUACUAUCGAUAAUAUUCCUACUGGCAUUAAGAGGUACAUACAUCUGGCUUUAAAGACUAAAAUUAAUUCCUUUUUCUUCUGACAUCGUGUAUGAGAU